UUCUCGUGGGUGAGUUAUAAAGUCGUCUGUAGGCUUUUCCUCGUCUCAGUCGACGAACGCCAACGUCCCGCGAACUAUUUAUUUCUUCGAGAUUGGCUCAGCAUUCAUUUCGAGAAUCGUAAACGCGAGAAAAAAUUCGAACCGGUAAAUCGCUUUCGCAUGGUACGAAAUUAAUUACAAAAUACGAUAAAAAGUUAAAAAAAUAGUAAUCCGAAAUGCGCGUUUUCAUGACGUUCAUUGUCGUGAUCCUCUUUGUGGUUUGUGUCGGUUGCAGCGUCACACCUGAUACAGAGUUAACAUCAAGUCUUCGAGAAACAUGGGACAACGACUUCGUGAUUGCUAUUUCGAACAUCAAAUCAAAGAAAAAACCAUCAGAAGCAGCGGUGGAGACCCUUUUUGCUGUAAAAUAUGGAAAAUUCAGAACGAAAAUAGUGUUGAUGCUCGACAGACGAUCGAAGCGAGACAUUUUUUAGUAAUCCUCGAGAACAUCGAUGAAAAUGGUCACCGAACUGCCGAGCACAUUAACCUGGAUCUUUCAAAUGUUCAUUUACCAAUGAAGGAUAUAAUCUUCAUAGUGCAUCAAAGUCCACCCGAUGCACGAAUGGACAUCUACAUUGAUUGCGUUUAUCAAGGUGUUAUACCAUUACUGAGAACCUUCAACAUGCUAGCAGAUAAUGAGGGAAAUCUACUUGUAGAAGCGCUCAGAGAAAGGAGGAGCCAAGUGAAGGUAUAUCCACUUUUAUCCACCAUCGACGCUCUCAAGCAAGAAAAUUGCCCCAACAAUUUGGCCGAUAUGGAUACUCUAUCCGAUCUCAUGAAAUCUAAACGGUCCUACAAAUCAAAUUUAAAAUCUAAUCACAAAAAACCAAACGAUUUCGACGAAUAUUCCUUCAACUUUGACAGACCUGUUUCCAAUCAUCAUUUUUCAUCAAAAGGACAUACACAUCGGUUCAGUACCGGGUCAGAUAUGUUCGAAAACGACAGCCAAUUUGAUUUCGAAGAGUUAAAGAAAUCAGAGAGUUUGAAACAACCUCAUGGAUCGAAUCACAAUCAUCGAUCCACUCGACGGGGUCAAUUGAAUCGACACGAUCAAUACAUUGUUAAAGAUGAUCGUAAUAAACAUUUGACGGGUGACUUCUCGGGUCACUUUGAACGUUUGCAUCAAUCCGAAUUCCUUGAUGGAUCGUUCCGUGCUAAAUCUGGAGAAUUCAAUCGUUCGGACGAAUUAGACCUGUUGAACCAAUCUAACGUGAACUAUAUUAGAAUUCCAAGAAGAGGAGAUAUUGGGAUUCAAAGUCUGGAUGAAAGAACCUGUUUGACGGACAACCAGAUAGUCAAAACACUAAACGAGCUGAUCGAAGGUACUAAGAAGGUCUGGAGAGAAAUAGAAUUGAAUAGAUUGGAAACGCAACACCUUCGACAAUUAAUCGAAAAUUGCGCAGCCUGUCGUGUACCCCCCGUUCCAUCAACUACAACGACGGCAGCUCCUCUUCCUAGUUGCGAUUACAAAUCACCCUGCUUCCCGGGGGCUGACUGCCGUAACACACCAUACGGCCCACAAUGUGGAGCUUGCCCACCACGUUACACUGGCGAUGGAUAUCGUUGUGUGAAAGCCGUCGUUACUUGCACGAACAACCCUUGCUUUCACGGUGUUCGUUGUUACGACCGUGCGGAUGGAUACAGUUGCGGAAAAUGUCCUUCCGGUUACGUAGGGGACGGUAAACACUGCGAGCGACGCUGGAAUGGUUGCGAGUCCAAUCCUUGUUACGCAGAAGUGGAAUGCGAGUCUGUCGUUUAUCCACCCUAUUACAGAUGUGGCUCCUGCCCCAAUGGAUACAUUGGUAACGGUUCUACCUGUCUUGAUUUAAACGAGUGCGAAGUGGCACAACCUUGCCACCCCGGCGUUCGAUGCAUCAAUCUCCGUCCUGGUUUCAGAUGCGAACCUUGUCCACCAGGAUUUACUGGGUCUACGAUAGAGGGUGUAGGUUUAGAUAUAGCCAGAAGUCGUAAACAAGUUUGCCAUGAUAUAAACGAGUGCGAAAUUAACAACGGAAAUUGCGAUCCAUACAUGGAAUGCAUUAAUACAGAGGGUUCAUACAGAUGCGGUCCUUGUAGAGUGGGUUUUGUAGGGAAUCAAACAGUUGGCUGCCAUCCUAAGCACAGUGUUUGUCCAGAUUUAGUGACUGUGUGUGACGUGAAUGCUGAAUGCAACUGCAUCGACAAUAAUCAGUAUGUUUGCAGAUGCCGUAUCGGAUGGGCUGGAAAUGGACUGACCUGUGGCAUAGACAGGGACAGUGAUGGUAUCCCUGACAGAAAUCUUCAUUGCCAUGAUCGACGGUGUCAGAUAGACAACUGCCCGGACACGCCAAACAGUGGUCAAGAGGAUGCAGACGGUGAUGGUUUAGGCGACGCGUGCGAUCCAGAUGCCGACAACGAUGGUGUACUAAAUCCUUCGGACAACUGUCCUUUGGUCUCGAAUCCGGGUCAGGAGGAUAGUGAUCGGGAUGGUCCAGAUUCAGUUGGAGAUGUUUGCGACAAUUGUCUGGAGAUUAGAAAUCCUAAGCAGGAGGAUGUGGAUGAUGACGGCAUUGGUGAUGCCUGUGACAAAGACAUCGAUAACGAUGGUAUCAUGAACCUGCAGGACAACUGUCCGAGAAAGAAGAACUGGGAUCAAACAGACACGGACAUGGACAGAAUAGGCGAUGCUUGUGACAACUGUCCAUACGAUCGUAAUACAGACCAAUUGGACCGAGAUGGCGACGGUGUAGGUGACGUCUGCGAUAACGACAAUGACAGAGAUAGAGACGGGGUGCAAGACAACAGAGAUAAUUGUCCCGAUGUGGCAAAUCCAGGACAAAACGACGAUGAUCGGGAUGGCAUAGGAAACGAGUGUGACCCUGACAUUGAUAACGAUGGGAUACCUAAUAAUCAGGAUAACUGUCCUUACGUCUACAAUCCGAAUCAACGUUACGCUCACUCAAAUAAAAAUAUUGGCGAUGCCUGUUGGAACGACAAUGACAACGACACCGUGAUAAAUAGCAACGACAACUGCCCCAACAACAGUUUGAUUUGGACAACGGAUUUCAGAAAAUAUACAACAAUUGCUUUAGACCCUGUUGGUACUGCUCAGGAGGACCCUCUUUGGAGGAUACACAACGAAGGCGCUGAAAUCCAGCAGCUCGUGAACAGUGAUCCCGGAAUUGCUAUUGGCCCAGACGUUUUUAGUGGCGUAGACUUUGAAGGGACGUUUUUCGUUGACGACGACGGAGAUGAUGACUCUGUUGGCUUCGUUUUUUCUUAUCAGAAUAACCAUAGGUUUUAUAUCGUGUCUUGGAAGAAAGGACAGCAGCCCUAUUGGAUGCCAACCCCAUUCAGAGCAGUAGGAGAUCCAGGGAUCUUUCUUAAACUCGUCGACUCGACCACUGGUCCGGGAGAACUUCUCAGAAACAGUCUCUGGCAUAACGAGGAUACUCCUAGUCAGGUGAAGAUCCUUUGGCACGAUCCGAAGAAAAUUGGCUGGAAAGAGAGAACUCCAUACAGGUGGCAACUCUUACAUAGACCAAGAAUUGGUCUGAUCAGGUUCCGACUUUACCAGGGCAAACAAUUAAUGGCUGAUUCUGGAAAUGUUUAUGACUCGACCUUGAAGGGUGGAAAACUCGGUGUUUAUUGCUUUUCACAAGAAAAGAUCACUUGGUCGAAUCUACUGUACAUGUGCAAAGAAACUGUCCCGCAAUCAGUUUGGAACGAGUUACCAGCGAAUUUGAAGAAAGACGUGGCUGUGGACAUAAGUAACGAUGUUAGAGCUCACUACGCCACACAAUCUAACUAUUACAGCUCGCCUUAAAUUAUUAAUAUUUUAAGCAAUAAUUUCGUUAGAAUUGUUAUAAUUUCAUCCGAUUUUUUGUUUGUUUGCGUGCGAGACUAAAGGACAUCUCUACACAAGAACAUGACGAAAUAAAAAAACUAAACAUUUGCUAAAAACGCUUUCACACUUGUUUGUUUAUGAAAAAUAUGUUUCUAUGGAGAAAUAAAAUGAUCGCGGAGGAAA